AUGAAACAUUGUGAUAAAUCUUUACUAGUUUUAAGUUUGAUUUUUUUCAAACAUUUUACUCAAUCAAAUGCAUGGCCUUCUUUAUCUUCUUUACAUAAUUAUAAUAAUUCUAAUAAUCAACCUGCUAUAGGACUUAUAAAGAAUCAAACUGAUCUUUUACAACAAGAUUUUCAAAAAUCAAUUGAAAUUCAACUUCAAGCUUCAAAAAAUUCGAAACAUGAUGAACUUUUUUAUACUUUAGGAAAUGGUCAAGCUUAUUCUGAUCCGGUUUCUGUUCAAAGAAUAGGUUCAAAUGGUCCACUUCUUUUACAAGAUCAUCAUCUUAUAGAAAAUUUAGCACAUUUCGCACGUGAAAGGAUUUCCGAAAGAGUUGUACACGCAAAAGGAGCUGGAGCGCAUGGAGUCUUUACAGUCACACUACGCCAGAUCACUAAUUUACCGCUGAUUGGCAAAAAGACUCCAAUUUCAAUUCGAUUCUCUACUGUUGGUGGUGAACAAGGAUCUGGGGAUCAGGCAAGAGAUCCGAGAGGUUUCGCAAUCAAAUUCCGUACACAAAAAGGAAUAUGGGAUCUUGUCAUGAAUAAUACUCCAGUCUUUUUCUUACGCGAUCCAGCGAAAUUUCCAAACUUUAUUCAUACUCAGAAAAGGAACCCACGUACUCAUCUGAAAGAUCCUAACAUAGUUUGGGAUUAUUUUGUUCAUAAUCCUGAAGCCUUACACCAAUUCAUGAGAUUGUUUUCAGAUGCUGGAACGCCUCAAGGAUUUGUACAUAUGCAUGGUUUCACUGGGCACUCCUAUCGAUGGGUUCAGAAAGAUGGUUCAUGGGUCUAUGUCAAACUAUUUGCUGAGACAAAUCAAGGGAUUCAUAACUUUACUGCAUCUGAGUCAAUGAAGAUCUUAGGUGAAAAUCCCGAUUACGCCACCGAGGACUUAUUUAAUAGGAUUGAAUCAAAGAAAUUUCCUUCUUGGACUAUGUAUGCACAAAUCUUAACACCUGAUCAAGCUGAAAAAUUCAAGUAUAAUAUUCUAGACUUAACAAAGGAUUGGCCAUUUGAUUUAGUUGAAAAACAUGAGAUUGGAAAAUUCGAACUCAAUCAGAACCCACAAAAUUUCUUUGCAGAAAUUGAACAAAUAGCUUUCUCACCAUCUAAUUUGGUAGACGGAUGGGAACCCAGUACAGAUCCAGUUUUACAAGCCAGAUUGUUUUCAUAUCCAGAUGCACAACGUCAUAGACUUGGAGUUAAUUUUCAACAAAUCCCUGUGAAUUGUCCAUUGAAUCCAGUUGUCAACCUUCAAAGAGAUGGAUUAAGUGUUUUGUUAGGAAACCAAGGCUCUAGAAUGAAUUAUAUUUCAAGUUAUGAAUCUAAGAUGAAUCUUCAACCAAAAGCUUAUGAUGAAUCGAAUCAUACGAUUUGGACAGGUGGAGCUAUUAGAUCUUUAUCAGAAAUCACUGAAAUCGAUUUCGAUCAACCUAGAUCUUAUUGGAAUUCACUUACAUCAAACGAUAAGAAAAGUUUAACAACGUAA